ACUUGGAACGGGAGUUUUCGAAAGGUGCAUGCUUUGUGUCGUCGUCCGGUGCUCGGGUAGCGUUUGAUUUCUGUCUGUCACAUUCUCACAUACAGUUACAGGAAGAAGAAAGGAAGAAAAAUUCGUUGUUGGUCUCGAGAAAAAGUGAUUCGUGUUUUUAGUUUUUCCGCAUUAUUUGGUGCAUUUUGCUACGGGCAAAUAGAUUUCCACGAGUGAUAACAACAGUGAUAUAAAAUUACCCCCUUAGUGUAACCCAGAGUGUAAAUAGCGUAGUGUUUGCCAUCAGAAGGAUUAUGAAAAUAUGAGUGCAUCGACACCAACGCAGCCACCAGCCGGACCACCGGUUCCGCCGGUGAAACCCAUUCUGUCGUCGCCCGGUGCCUACAUGGCAAACUUUCAGUCGAGUCCACUGAACUCGACGGCCGUCGGGGCCGGUACGACCCCGGCAGCGGUCGGCAGCAGUCCGGCGGCCCCGGUCACCGCCGGCAUCCACAGUAGCAACAAAACACACGAAAAGCCAACGAUAGCGGCCCGGCCCAUUCCACCUCCAACGCUGCCAAAAUAUUCGUCCUCGUUCAACAAGAUCGACCGCGAUCGCAACGAGUUCACCAAGAUCGACAAAGCGGAGCGCGAGAAGCUCCAGUCAAAGCGUGAAAUGUUCUUCAAAUCGGAGAGUAACAGCCCGUCUGGGCCACCCCCGAAUCCACCGGUGCUGAGCAAUCUCAACUUGGCGAACAAUAACAUAGUGCAUAACAGUGCAUCGCAUCUAAAUAAUGCCAACUCCGUCGGCGAUAGGCAUUCAAUUAACUCGCAUACUAAUAACUCCAUCGGCCUGUCGUCUAACGUGACUAACAUGAACAACAACAUCAACAACAAUAACAACAAUCACAACAACGUCACAAGCAACGGUACGAGCGUGAACGGACUGGCCAAUAGUUUAACCAAUAUUUCGUUAAAAGAAAAACGUGACGCAAUCCUAAAUGCCAACAGUCAUCACGACGGGGGGCUGCUGCAGAACAAUGGCCAUCUGGACUCGAACAAGCUGCUGCACGAGCGCCACGAGAAGGAGAAACCGAUCAUCAAAUCGAAGCCCAAGGAGCUGGACGGAUACGUAGGUUUCGCGAAUCUUCCCAACCAGGUGUACCGAAAGGCGGUGAAGAAGGGUUUCGAGUUUACUCUUAUGGUUGUUGGUGAAACUGGUCUCGGAAAAUCUACACUCAUCAAUUCGAUGUUCCUGUCGGAUGUGUACCACCCAGAACAGCACCCGGGACCGUCAAAACGAAUCAAGAAAACAGUAGCGGUGGAAAGCACUAAAGUAUUACUCAAAGAGAACGGCGUCAAUCUGACGCUGACCGUUGUGGAUACACCAGGUUUCGGAGAUGCUGUAGAUAACAGCAAUUGCUGGAAACCGAUUGUGGACUUUGUCGAGAACAAGUACGAGGAAUAUCUGACGGCGGAGUCGCGCGUUCAGCGAACGGCCAUUCCGGAUACACGUGUGCACGUGUGCCUGUACUUUAUCGCUCCCUCCGGGCACGGGUUGAAGCCCCUGGAUAUCGAAUUUAUGCAGCGGCUGUGCGACAAGGUCAACAUCAUUCCAGUUAUAGCCCGGGCGGACACACUGACGCCGGAGGAAAUUACGCUGUUCAAGAAACAGAUUCUCAACGAAAUUGCUCAGCACAAGAUCAAGAUCUAUGACUUCCCGGAUCCGUCGGACGAAGAGGAGGACGCAAAAACGCUGCGACAGUUGCGAAGCCGCGUUCCGUUCGCAGUAGUCGGUGCUAAUGCGAUCGUGGAAAUCGACGGACGCAAAGUUCGUGGCCGUCGGCACCCGUGGGGUGUCGUUGAAGUCGACAAUCUGGACCACUGCGACUUCGUCGCUCUGCAAAAUAUGGUCAUCCGUACCCACCUGCAGGAUCUGAAGGACGUCACAAACAAUGUACACUAUGAAAACUAUCGCUGUCGAAAGCUGGCCGGAUUGGGUAACGAUGGAAAAUCGAAACUGAGUAAUAAGAACCCACUAGCCCAGAUGGAGGAGGAAAAGCGUGAGCACGAUUCCAAGAUGAAGAAGAUGGAAGCCGAGAUGGAGCAAGUGUUCGAGAUGAAGGUCAAAGAGAAGAAGCAGAAACUGAAGGAUUCCGAAGCUGAACUGACCAGAAGGCACGAAGAGCGAAAAAGGGCCCUGGAGGUGCAGAUUCGCGAGCUAGAGGAUCGCCGAAAAGCGUUCGAGAUAGAGAAGGCCGAAUGGGAACAGCAGAAUGGUGUAACGCUGGAGGAACUCCGGCGCAAAAGCCUCGAAGCCAACAGCAAAGAAACAAUGGACAGUAAUAAAGAUAAAGGUAAGAAGAAGAAGGGUCUGUUUUAAAAAAGGCAGAAACAGAGUAAAGACAAUGUGGUGAUGUUGCGUUUCCCUUCGAUCGUUCGAUUCAUUCGAGUUCGUCUAGGGCUUGUUGGGGAGGAAACCCUCAAUAGGAAACUGCGCCAACAAAUGCUUAGUAGACGAUCCUUUCUUCCGAAAAAACAGACACAGACACGUGCAUCCCAUGUAUGUGUGCAUUGAGCAACCUUUUUCGACUUCUGCUCCUACACACAACUAUUACUACUACUACUAUUAGUACUACUCUCACCUAUUACUCCACAACUUACCGCUCUAGUAGUAUUGGAUCUACCGUCACCAAUGUUAGUGUACUACUGCUACAACUACUACUACUACUAUUACUACCGUAACUAUCGCUAAAACAGCUCGCAUCGGUUUAAAUGCGAACAACACACAAACAACGGUUUGGUUUGGUUUGGUUCAGUAGCUAACGAGACCAACACGAAAACACGACUCCAAAAAAAAAACAAAACAAAACAAAAAAUAAAUCACACAACAGUUCACUACAACAUCGAGCAACAGUGAAAGCAUAACAGCAAUGGACAGUAGAUAUGUAAUUGUAGGUUAAAUUAUAACGGAAAAGCGCACGCAGCAGCGGGCGCGCUUGCUUACGGUAAAUUUAAGUAAGAAAAAAAAACAGAAACAAAACACUGAUUUCCUGUACGUUUUUACUUUUAUGUUUUCUUGUGUAAGCCUAUUAUGACAAAAGAUGUGAAAAAUUAUGAUAUUCAUGUGUAUAGAUAAUGAUUGAUAAUGAGACGAGUAUAUUAAGUGUAAUGAUUUUUAUUUAGUCCGGCAUUUUCGCAUUAUGAAAUAAAAUGUGGAAAACGCACGCACACAUUUAAUAAACUUCACCACCCACAACAUUCACAAGCGAUUCGAGUGCGGCAAAAAUGCGCGUAUGUGUGUGUGUGCGUUCGCUUCCGGUCGGUGACGAAAUCGUUCGUCGUCUUUUCAACCCAAUCGAAGAGAAUUCAAAAAUUAGGGCCGACAGACACACACACAUUUGAAACAAACAACAGCAAAUAACAACAACAAUGUGUAAUCGUUUAACGGAUAUGCCAUAUAUAUUUAGAGUAUGUAUAUUUAUUAAAUUAUUUUAUUUUUUUAAAAAAAUUAUUUUUAUAAAAUAAAGUUUUUUGAAGCAAUUUUAUACACCCUUUCCCCGCGCGUUAGUACACAAACAAUACAGAGAAAAAACAUGCAUAACUACAAGCAGCCUAUAGAAACAGCAGAUAAAAAAAAUGACAUAAAAAUAAUGAUACACCACUACACGCUUAGUUUUUCCACGUGUUAAAAAGCACGCCGAUUUCUUCGCAAGCAACAAAAAAGGCGAAAAAGAAAAUCCUUUUUGUAAAAAGUAAACCACCAGGGGUAAGAGAUAUAUCAAUCGAAGAACCAGAAAGGAGGAGGUACGCUCUCUCGAAUUUUGAGUAAUCGAGGAAAGGCAAAAAGAAAAACAAUUAUUCACGUAAAUAAGCAUCAGAUACGAACAGAUCAAAGCAACCAAGUAGGCGAAGCAAAGGCAGAAUUUCUCUCAUUUUUUGAGAACAACAGGUUUGAAGUGUAAUUUUAUCAACGAUUUCAACUUAGCAGUAAAAAGCCAGUUCAGAAAAUAGUUACAUUUUAAUCAAUUAUUAUUGUUCACCAGAACAAAAAAAAAACGAUGAGUGGAAAAAAACUUGAAAGCAAUUUGAUAAAGCAGACAAGCAAAUAAAAAAACGGAAAGAGUUGAACACGGUUUUAAUAGACGAACUUUUUCGUAGCAGCUAAAAUCUCAUUUUUAUAAGAUUCCGAUAAAUUUGAAGAUUUUAAUACCAUUAAUACCAACUCUAGCAGUGUGGUGUCUAACUCGGACGGUCGGUGAUUCGUGGCAAGUUUUUUUUUGCACAACAAUCCUGCUUACCGAGCACCGCACGCAUUUUCUUGAGGAGGAUGACUCAAAUAACAUAGAGACUUAACUUUUGUCAAACAUGAAACAAAGCAUAAUACAACGAAGGUAGACACUCAAACCGGCGCUUUUGAGGGCGUAUCGUUUUUCCAAGUUAGACUUUCCUCUUAUUCAAACUGUUUAAAGUUAAUGGCGAUAAAAGCAGCAGCUCAAUACAGCAAGCAAGCAAGAUUUCAUUUGUCGAUUUAAUCAAUCUAAAACUAACUAAGAACACUGGAAGUUGUGGUAUUUUGCGGGUUUCUCACUCUUCGCCGUUUAAACCUUCCACACACACAUAGAACCUGUCUGUUGUAGAUCUGUCCGGCUUUGUGGGGUGUGGGUUUUUUUCACACAGCCUACACUCUUAAAUAUUACCAAACUAUUCAGAAUAGUUUUCAAGUCUAAAAACUUAAAUUCUGAAUAGUUUUGAACCAAAAUAUCGGUAGGAGAAACUCAAUUUCUAACCAUGAAUGGGUAGAAUGUGAGUUUGUGCGCUUUAAAAGUAUUUCAAUAACUGUAAGGGGAUAAUAUUUGGGAGUGUAAAACAUUAGUUUUUGUUGGUCGUUUGUUAUUGCUAGUGCGGUCGGUACCUUGGCACAAAUCUCCGCUGCCUAGUUUUGCCAAAUGACCAACAAUGGCAAAUGUGUUGUGAGCAAGCUUAACACCAAACGACAGCUUUGAUCAAUCUGUACAAAGAAACAUUUCUGCUAAAACUUAAAAAAAACAAUUACUAGUAAUUUAAAGAUAUCUUACAAAUAUAAAAUGUAGGAUAAAAGCAGAAUAUAUAUAUUUAGUAUCGGAUCGCUGUAACGUAAGCCGCGUAACGCAUAUAUUCCCAACAUUCAAAACUCGUAUAAAAUAUAUUUAGAAGGCAACUGAUGGAAAAAAAAAAUAAAAAUAAAAGAAAAUAUCUGAGAGACUGAUACACUAUAUUGCUCAAAAAUUCUAUUACGAACGCUACGUUUGAUACGAGAUUUUUUUUGUUUCUGUUUCGUUCGAAGCCCCACGAUUCGCUAAUUGGGUCGAUCCCCAAAUGAAACAGGCAAAAUUCAAGAGAUGUUUUACUUCUGGUGUACGGAAAAUGUGAGAUACACCUGACGUAAGCAACCUUUGUUAGAUGUUCUUUGGCUUUGGAGAAGCAUAACACCUCCAUCUCCAUGGUGAGCACUGCAAUGGGCACACGCUGCUGGUGGUGUACCAAUCAUAAUAGGCCAUGUGAAUAAAACAUCUUUUGAAGUCGAAAUCGAAAGUGACAAACAGUUGGGAAGCAUUCGCAUAAUUAUUUAGUUUUGUUUUACUGAAAUCUUAACGGUAAAAAACCAGAAAAAAAAACUUAUUUUCACCUUGAUCAUGUGAUUCGAGUGUUUGACUUUAAUAGUGUACCGGAUGCUGACUUUUUUGUUUUCAAAACCACGUGGUAUUAAGAAAAAUUCCUACUACAGUGAGUGCUUGUGUUUUUUCCAUACAACAGCACAGAGUUAGAGGGCAGGCAACGAAACAUAAAAUUGGAACGGGAAAACCCCCAUUAAAACUACUAGACCGCGCGCGAUAGGUAUCAGUCUAUAGCAUAUAAGGAAAAAAACUAAAACUUUCUAAUGGAAACUGAAUCACCCUCACACAAAACUUUACUUAUAUAUACAAAAGAAACAAAAAAAAAAAAAACAAACAAAACAAAACGUAUGUACAUUCGACAGCAGGCGAUCGUAGAUGAUAUUGAGAUUGCACAGACUAUAAGCAAGCAAGUGCAAGUGUGUUGUACCGCGGAUAAAACUGGGUAAGAACGAACUUUAAAACAACUACAAAAAAAAAA